AUGGAGAAGAUGGUGGACAUGGAACAACAACAGGCUAAAGAGAAGGGAAUAUUUGUUGCUUGUGAUGCUAAGGAUAUUUGGUCUGCUCAAGAGGAAUUGCCUGCAGGUCUAAAUCGUGAACGUAUUCCGAAACACGUUGCAUUUAUCAUGGAUGGAAGCCGACGGUGGGCUAUUAAGAGAGGAUUGGAGCCUAUGCUUGGUCACAAUGCAUCAUCACAUUGUGUAAAACUUCUUGCUGAGUUAUGCUGUAAUUGGGGUAUUAAGGUCAUGACAGUAUUUGCAUUCUCUACUGGGAAUUGGGUUCGGCCUCAAGUUGAGGUCGACUUCUUAAUGAACACCUUCGAAAUAGUUUUUCUGAGAGACCUGGAAGUUUUCAUCAGCAAUGAGGUUCGAGUAUCGAUAAUAGGGGACACCACAAAGCUACCAAUUGGACUACAAGAUGCGAUAACUAAGACAACAGAAGCCACAAAGAACUAUACGAAACUUCAUGUGAUUGUGGCAAUUAAUUAUGGUGGAAAAGAAGAUAUUAUACAAGCAUGCCAAAGUAUUAGUCGCAAAGUACACGAUAAUCUCAUUAAACCAGAAGACAUCAAUGAGAACCUAUUCAAUCAAGAACUUGAUACAAAGUGUACUGAAUUCCCUUACCCUGAUCUACUAAUCAGAACUAGUGGUGAACAUAGGCUCAGUAACUUCUUAAUGUGGCAAUUAGCUUAUACUGAACUUUACUUUGAGGAAUGUCUCUGGCCUGAUUUCGGCGAGAAAGAAUUUGUCAAGGCAUUACGCUCGUUUCAAGAUAGACGAAGACGAUAUGGAGGACAAGAUGAAGAGAAUAUGGGAGCAUGA